UCUUUUGUCCUUUUCUUCUCCACCUUCACCAGCUUCAUUUUUCGAGCGGAGCCGCAGCCCACAGAUACAACCAGCCCCCCUCACCCCCACCCCACCAAUCAUCGUUUGUCCAUUGCUGCCCCUCCGAUCAACCCCACGAACUCAUCUCCUUCGUCAGACCACCCAAUUACCUUUCCAACUCGCCAUCUCUCCGCUUUUUCCUCUGUAACGCGCGAUUUGGGGAAGAUUUUUUUUAUCAGAAAUGGAUGAAAUGGAGUCGAAGAAGGUCAACUGUAGUGUUGGUAACAGCAGCAGUAAUGGUAGUGGAAGCACUGUGGCUAGCGCUAGCAGUAGUGGAAUAUACGACACCAUAUGGGAGUGCGUGAUUCCCUAUGUGCAGGAUCCGCGUGACCGGGGCUCGGUGUCGCUGGUGUGUAAGCGGUGGUACGAGAUCGACGCCCUCACGCGCAAGCACGUGACUAUUGCGCUGUGCUACACCGCCACGCCGCAGCGGCUGUCGCGGCGUUUCCCCCAACUUGAGUCGCUGAAGCUUAAGGGUAAGCCACGCGCCGCCAUGUUUAAUCUAAUUGACGAAGACUGGGGUGGCUAUGUUACGCCGUGGGUGGAGGAAGUCAUUGGGGCUUUCGGAAGAAUGAAGGCGCUGCAUUUCAGGAGGAUGAUUGUGUCGGAUGCGGAUCUCGAGUUGCUCGCCACGUCUAGGGCGGGGGAUGUAUUGGAAGUUUUGAAGUUGGAUAAGUGUUCGGGUUUCACUACCCAUGGGCUUUUGCAUAUUGGGCGAUGCUGCAGGAAUUUGAGAACGUUGUUUAUGGAAGAGAGCACUAUAACUGAGAACGACGGGGAGUGGCUCCACCAGCUUGCUUUGAACAAUACAGUUCUUGAACAUUUGAACUUUUACAUGACUGAACUUACGAGAGUCAGAGCUGGAGACAUUGAGCUGAUAGCAAGAAGAUGCCCAUCUUUGGCCUCAAUAAAAAUUAGUGAGUGUGAUAUUUCAGACCUCACUGGAUUUUUCCGAGCAGCAGCAUCAUUGGAAGAAUUUGUUGGUGGCUCUUUCAGUGUGCCCCCUGGACGGGCUGCUGAAAUUGUUCCCAAUGAGCAACUAGAACGGUAUGCUUCUGUUACAUUCCCACCAAGAUUGUCUCGGUUGGGUCUUACUUAUUUGGGAAAUGCAGAAAUGCCCAUUGUAUAUCCUGUUGCUUCGAAGCUUAAAAAAUUGGAUCUCCUUCAAGCACUUCUUGACACUGAAGGCCACUGUCAGUUAUUACAAAGAUGCCCAAACUUGGAAUUCCUUGAGACCAGAAAUGUUAUUGGAGAUAGAGGAUUGGAAGUUCUUGCGCAGCAUUGCAAGAGAAUGAAAAGACUCAGGAUAGAGCGGGGAGCUGACGAGCAAGACAUGGAAGACGUGGAAGGUGUGGUCUCACAGAGAGGACUAAUUGCUUUGGCGAAAGGAUGUCUGGAACUGGAAUACUUGGCUGUAUAUGUGUCUGAUAUUACAAAUGCAUCCUUGGAAUGUCUUGGCACAUACUCAAAAAACCUAUGCGACUUUAGGUUGGUCUUGCUUGACAGAGAGGAAAGAAUUACAGAUUUGCCUCUUGAUAAUGGAGUUCGGUCUCUUUUAACGGGUUGUCAGAAACUUAGGAGGUUUGCUUUGUAUCUCCGCCCAGGGGGGCUGACCGAUGUGGGUCUUGGUUACAUAGGACAGUAUAGCCCAAAAGUCAGAUGGAUGCUUCUGGGUUUUGUUGGGGAAUCGGAUAAUGGACUUCUGGAAUUCUCCAAAGGCUGCCCUAGCCUCCAAAAGUUGGAAAUGAGGGGCUGUUGUUUCAGCGAACGUGCCCUGGCUGCAGCUGCUCUUCAGUUGGCUUCUCUAAGGUACUUGUGGGUGCAAGGAUACCGUUCAUCUGGAGAUGCUCGAGAUCUCUUAUCUAUGGUGAGGCCAAACUGGAACAUUGAGUUGAUACCAGCUAAACAACAUCUUGUUGAGGAUGCAGAUAGACAACGAGUGGUAAUUUUCGAGGACCCUGCACAUAUACUGGCAUAUUAUUCCCUUGCUGGGGCAAGAACUGACUUUCCAGAUAGUGUCAAGCCUCUGGAUCCUCACACUCUUUUUAAUCCAUAGGCGAUCCCUUUUGGUCCUUGUUGCAUACUGUUCCUGUUCCAUAGGUGCCUAGGUCAGAAAUUGUUGUAUUUCUUUGUUGUUUUCCUUUCAUCCUUCCUUUCUUCUACUUGGUUCCCCGAACUCUACCGUGAGGUUUCCAUGUAAUAAAGUUUAGUUUCUUUGGUUGUCUGGAAGCUGAUGCCUGUACAAUACCCUACUGGGGCUAAUAAUCUUCAUAACUGAGUAAGAUUCAAAGUUUUAGCUUA